UGAAGAAGUUAUGUUUAACCAUGGGUCUUUGGAUUACUUUGCAGGUUCGGUUAACCAAGGGACAAGACACGUUCUGGUGCCACGUUCUAAAGAUGCCAAACAUUGAUCACAAACACCACGUCGUGAAGUACGAGCCGGUAAUACAGCCCGGAAGUCAGGAUUACCUGCAUCACAUGACUCUGUUCGAGUGUCGCGGGGAUCAGGCGCAAUUGGAAUCCGCGGCGAAGACGUCCGGCCGAGUCUGUUAUCAGCCGAAUCAGCCGUCUCUUCCGUGCAACACAAUCGCAGCUAUCUGGGGCCUCGGCUCAGAG